AUGGCUGCAUACUUACACGGGGAUUGGGGAGCAGCCGAAGGUAAAGGCCUGGGCAACAAGUUCCUGUCCAACAUCCGUGAAGUUGAUGCUAUCUUGCACGUGGUGCGGUGCUUUGACGAGUCUGAAGUCACACACGUGGAAGGCUCAGUCGACCCCACACGCGAUGCAGAGAUCAUCGACAUGGAACUGUUGCUCAAGGACGCUGAUACUGUGGAGAAG